AGAUGUUCAUGAGUGUACGUCAUUCACUUCGUAAUAAUACCAAGCCAAACCAAUCGUUCAUCACAGCCAACGCAAUCAGUUUUUCGUAUCUGCCGUGAAGAUGGGACGGUAUUUGUUAGCCUUGGUUUGCUUCUUAGCCGUGGGUCUGUCGUCGGUACAGGCGGCGGUCACCCCAUACUGCUGUCCUCACUACUGGACCCUCCGAGGUAACCGCUGCUACCGUUUCAUUGGCAAGGCCAUGGACUGGCACAGUGCUCAGGGGCACUGCAAGGGCUUGGACCACAAAGCCAACUUGGUGUCCCUUAAUACUGCAGGGGAGGAAGACUUCAUCCUGCACAUGUGGGCCGAGAAAGGCAGCCGUUACGAUAGACUCUGGGUCGGAUUCAACGACCUCGACUGGGAGGGCCACUACAAAUGGGUCGGUAUCAACAAACCAUUGGAUUACACCAACUGGUUGCGUGAGCAGCCUAACAACUACGGUCACAGCCAAGAUUGCGGGGCGAUCCACACUAUCUCCGGCUAUUGGAAUGAUGAAACUUGUACGAGAAAAUACGCCUUCAUCUGUGAACGACCGAGGCCCGGUGCUUAAAUCCAGGAUCGGUAAACGGAAACACAAGUGCCUGAAGAACAUAGCCUACUCCGCACAUGAAACUUAGACGCAACCAGUGUUACACUUCAAUGGAACCGAUUUUGUUACUACCGCCUACAACAGAUUUGGCUAUAUAUGUGUAGUAGAAGCGCCAGAUAGCAAUACAACUUUGAAAACUCUAUUUCUGCAUAUAGGCAUACAGUUACCGGUGUGUUUUUUUGUCCUGGCUACGUUAGUCUAUGGCAAUUUGGCCAUCAUAAUGCAAAUUAUGCGUGGGACAUUGAAAUAGAUCACAGGUUUUAUUUCGAACACAUUUUUAUCAGUUACUAAAAAAAUUCGGGUUGAUUUGAUU